ACCGGUCCCUCCUCCUCCUGCCCUAACACACUAGUUUCCUCCGAGAGAGAGCUGAGAAAAUCCAUUCGAACUCAGACACCAAGGCGAUCGAGAUUUGGGAGGAAUGGCGAGCGCGGUGGAUGCUUCUGGAGAGCCGAUACCGACGUCGGCAGUGCUGAUGGCGUCGUCGAAGCACAUAGCGCUAAGAUGCCAAUCGGAGAACGUGGAGUUUCUCAAGUGCAAGAAGCAGGAUCCGAAUCCCGAGAAAUGCCUCGACAAAGGACAGCAAGUCACUCGCUGCGUCCUCGGCCUAUUGAGAGAUCUACACCAAAGAUGCACAAAGGAGAUGGAUUCUUAUGUGGGAUGCAUGUAUUACAAUACAAAUGAGUUCGAUUUGUGUCGCAAAGAGCAGCAAGAAUUCGAGAAAGCGUGUCGUUUGGAAUGAGACCAUACUCAUUUUCUUUUCAUUGUCUCAAUAAUUUGGACAGUUUUGCAGUGAGCAAGUACUGUUGUUUUCGAACAGUUCUAAUAUUAGACUUGUCUCUUUGAUGAUGACUUUUAUCGCCUGCUUUGUAUGUUCGCAUUUUCAUUGCCGAAUGCGGAAUGCUCUUAAGCGUGGAAACGUUGCGCCUUUUCUUUAAAGCAUAAAGUGCAGACUUUGAACA